AUGGCCCUCUUACAAACAUCCCUUAUAUGGGCAGUAUACGCUAUUGUGGUAGCUGUUCUGGUAAUGGUAGCGUCGGUGUUCAUCUAUACAUAUCAAACGCCUCGGGAUCGCUCUUCAGUUGUGACGUUCACGUGUAUUGUCGCGAUUACAAGCUUACUUGCCACUGUUCUCUUGUUGCCCGUGGAUGUUGCUUUAAUUUCCUCUACCACAUCCUCGAAGCUUGGUCAAAGAAAACCUUGGGCCACUCAGGAUGAAGUAGACAAGAUUGUUUCUCUAUUAACGGCUGUGUACUAUCUCCUCUACUCGCUUGAUGCUUUUCUAUGCCUUCUCGCAAUCCCAUUUGUCUAUUUCUGGUACGAAGAAUACGAUGAAGUGGCUGUCGAAUCCGGUGAGCAAUCUGCUGCCAAACGACUCUGGACCGCGUUUAAGUACACUAUCUCGUUUAUUGCGAUAGUGGUUGUGCUUUUCAUUGUUGGCUUCCUUGUCCCUGUUUCGAAUAUUAAGGACAGCAAUUUUUCAGACUAUCUCAGGAAGCUUCUGGCUGAGAAUCGCGGCGAGAGGGUCAUUACAUUCACCCUUGGGUUAUUGAUAACUCUGGGGCUGUUCCUUUAUGUCUUAUAUACCUCAACGGGCCUUGCCGUUCUUCCCAUGAGGAUGAUACGGACAGCUCCAUCUGUGUCAGACAUGACCUGGAAAGCGUCGACAGGUGCACAGCUCGAAUCUAAUCGAGAGCGUCAGCGCCAGCUGGAAGGGCGCUGUAGAGGAGAUCCGGGUCUCCUCUCUUCUAAGGAACGUAGAGAGCUCGAUACCCUCGUUCGAGAUGAGAGAACGCUUAUUAGGCGGCAACGCUUGGCAGAAGAGGCUGACGGUGAAGGUCGAGGCCGAUUUAUGAGGGCAUGGCUAAAGAUUACGGCUUUCUUCCGCCCAUUAAAGCUCCUAGGCGGCAUUGCCAUUCUCUUAGUCGCACUCAUGAUAUGGAUAUCAAUGCUCUUGACGGCAAUUGACAAAGCCAAGAAUUCUAUGUGCAAACAACGUUGCGGAUACAUACUCAGUCGCAUUGGGGUUUUCAAUCCCAUGAACUGGGUAUUCGUUCAAUCGGCAAAGGUAUUUCCUAUCGACUAUGCCGUUUUUACAGUAGUUGUUCUGCUGCUGUUUGGCAGUUCAGUGGUCGGGAUAUCUACCAUUGGCAUUCGCUUUCUAUGGAUCAGAAUAUUUCGGAUCAGAAUGGGGCACACGUCUCCACAAGCCCUGCUUCUGACCACUGCCAUGCUGAUUCUGACAAUACUAGCUUUGGACUAUUCGAUUCCCAUGCUUGUUGCACCCCAGUACGCAACUUUUGGACCACAAACAUUCUGUGAUCGCCCCCCGGGCCAGCAAUCGGAUUGUUUGACUAACAAACGCCUGAUCAAGCCAUGCUCGGAACUAACAGACAACACGGCUGCCAAGCAAGUCUGCACACCCAGCGUCACUAGUAUGUUCCUCAACCGCGUGACGAUAAGCUAUCCCUUUUUCGGCACAGUAUUUUUCUGGUCUCAAUUUAUCUUUCUCGGUGUCUACUUGCUCGUCUUGGUCACCUCUUUCAUCCGCCAUCCGAAACUUGAUGAACGUCUACUAGACCAGGAAGCUGAGGAGGCUGAGGAGGAACGGCUACUGGCAAGCUCUGGGAGAGGUGUUAGUGACACCUAUCAUAGUGUCGGAGGAGGAAACAACUUCCCAACCAGAGCAGGGGAGUAG